CAGCGAUAAAAAAGACCCGCGACGCUUUCGCCGCUGAGCUUCACGCGACGCUGGUCUGCUUGAAGAAGUCUCUAUCGGAAUAACGCCCAGGUCCACACGCGCGAGCUCUUGUUUUGGACUGCUGCACGAUGCGACGGAACCAGUAACUCUCGCGCACGCCGUUCAUUCACCAUCUAAACAGAUCGCGAUGUGCGCGUGAGGAGCAGCAGGAGGAGUGGAGGAGGAGAACUUCACAUUAUAAAGUGUCAGAGUCACUGCGGUCUGAAGCGCUUCGAGCCGUAGCUAUGGUGAACAGCCAGGUUGCGAGCGGCGCGUGUGUGUCCCGAUCGUGCGCGGGCUGUGGGGGUCGAAUCGCUGACCGUUUCCUGCUCUUCUCCAUGGAGCGCUACUGGCACACGCGCUGCCUCAAGUGCUCGUGCUGUCAGGCUCAGCUGGGAGAGAUCGGAUCCACCUGCUACAGCAAAGGAGGCAUGAUCCUCUGCAGAACAGACUACAUCAGGUUGUUUGGGCACACAGGGGCUUGCAGCGCAUGCGGUCAGUCCAUUCCCGCCAGUGAAAUGGUCAUGCGGGCACAGGGCAACGUCUACCACCUCAAGUGCUUCUCCUGUGCGACGUGCAGAAACCAGUUGGUCCCCGGUGACCGAUUCCACUAUGUAAACGGCACCAUUUUUUGCGAACACGACCGGCCAGGAGCUGCACUCCUCAGUACUCACCUGCAGAGCAACCCAGUCCUGCCUGACCAGAAAGUUUGCUGAAGGGCUCCCCGUCAUCUUCGCCCCUUCCUCUCUCUAUUUACCCUCAUCACUGCCAUCCUCCAGACACUGAUCCUUUGAAGCACUUACAGUUUUAAAGCCUAAAUUUACAGACUUAAGAGUUUCUUUGAGAUGGAGAACGAGUUUGGGAUGAGUGUCCGUAUAUCUCCAUAUCAAACUGUGCUGGAUUCUGCAGUAUCUCUCAUGGUGAUAUUGUGGCUUUCUCGCCCCCUCACCCCCUGAAAACAGAAGUAACACGUCUAUUUUCUCACAGGAUAUCCUGUCUGUCUCACAUCUAACCUCACAGAGGAGGCUUCAUCUGACAGCAAUGUACACUUUAAAGUCAACAUGAAACUGCAUUCACAACCUAUUUUUUUUCCAUGUGUCCGAUCUAAACAGGAUAUUCAUCAAGAAAAAAUGUAGGGCAGGACUUUAGAAAAUAAAGAAAUGCUAUUACAAUCAAAAAUGGAGAAUAGAAUUGGAAAGAAAAGUUAUUUCAGAGGCAACGUGAAAGUUAUUACAUUUUUUUUUAUGCUUUUCUUUCCCUUUUGUUUUCAUGUGACAUCACACCCUUAUUAGGAACGCCCACCUGGAGGGUCAAAAAUAAGGCUUUCCUCCAUUGUCCGCCAGUUAUUUUCACCAGAUACUAAUGAUAUUAAAAGUCCAAAUUCAGUAUACACCUUAAUAGCUAUGUUCCAUCCACCUAUUUUUAUGCACAUUUUGGGAUAACAUAUAAAGCACUAAAUUGGCAAGAUAAAAAUGCGCAUUAAAAAACGUGCGCUCAUUUGAGUCAGUUACGUUUUUUUUUUUUUUUAUCCAAUAAGAAACAUGCGCAUAAACUACGAUGGAAACAUAAAUUCCUCAAUGCACAUCAAAAAAAGUCAUGUGACUUUGCGAAGGGACAGCAUAAUGACACUAACCAGCAGACCGAUCGCGUCGCACAGCAUUUGAAAUGUUUUGGUCGUUAUGAAAUACCCGAGCCAAAGUCUGUCGUCAAAGUGGUUCGCUAUAAUUACCUCCCAGAACUAGCUGCAUUUCCAUUACCCUUCAAAUGGCGCAAAUUGAAAUUGCAAGAUACGCCCAAUGGAAACACGUCAAUUUCGCAAAAAUUCGCAUGUCGCAAAAAAGUUUUUACACUCUCAUGAGGUGGUUUUUCAGGCAAUUUGAAAAAGGAAUAUUUCACAGAACUUGUUUUUUCGCAUUUACAGGUCACAUGGUGUACGUAAAAGUCGAUCAUUCUUUAAAGAGUCGAUCAUUCUUUAGUUAAACUCAUAAAAGACAGAAGAAUUAUGGGAAUACUGGAUUCUAAACAACAAAAAUGCCACAAUUUAUCAAGACCUCUAAGCUGAUUGGAGGGAGAAAUAUCCAGAAACACCUUGCCAUUAAUGCUUGGUUAACACGGCUCCAUCGAUUUAAAAAUAACGGCUAGCGCAGUGGCUGUGAUUAUACUUAAACAUCUGUUGCCAUGAUUUUUGGAAUGACUUAUCGCGAGAGGAAAAAAUUACGUUAUAAGAUGCGGUCACACUGCACUUUUCGUUCCAUUGACUUCCAUUCAAACGCAUGCGAAUGCGUCAGACCGGAAACGCAAGCUCGUGCGAAAAAAAAUUCGCAUUUCGCUGCGUUCCAAAGUUCAAGUUUGGUGAACUCUGACCUGCGAAUUCGCAUCACGUGAAGACGUGCGACCAGUAGAAGAUCGAUUCGUCACGGCAUAGUCUCUUGGCUGAAUUAAAAGAAUGAUAUUUUUGCAGUAAAGUCGAGUAGGUUCUAUAUUUUUACAUUUUGAAUAUAUAACUUUAAGUUAUAUGUUGAAUUCAUGUUUAUAAAAAAGACGCUGUAAACCGUGACGUCAUAUCACGGCUGUUACAGCAUCUGAAGGAAUUUCGCAUGUUCAAAGUCUAGUGUGACCCCGACUUUAGUCGCAUAACAUCAGUAUAAUGUUAAUGCUGUCGCAAUCCUUUUUUUUUGCGCAGAUCUGUAAUGGAAACCCGGCUAGUGGUGAUUUUGUUCUCUUCCACUCACUGGAUGGAAACGCUGCUUUAUUCACAAAUGUUUUAUGAGUAAUUCCAGUUUUGCGCAUACGUUAAAUUCACAACUUUGGGUGGAAACAUAGCUAUUGAUGAUGUACAGGCGAGCAGAUGAACCCAGAAUAUAAACGCAACCAUUUCUCAUUAAGUGUUUUUGCUCAGAAAACCAUUAUAUAUAUAUAAAAAAAAAACGCUUAACCAUUUAGUGGGUUGCGUUCAUAUUCUGUGCUCAUCCGCUCACCUCUAUAUAGUGUGCAUCAUUAAUAAGCUGUAUACUGAAUUUGAUCUUUUAAUAUCACUGUUUUUUAAGGCACUUUAAGUGUUGAUAAGUUUUAUAACGUCCAGCUGUUUUUAAGUGAUUGAAAUACUGCAGCAGGUGCUGGAUAUGGAUCACAAGUGCCCAAAACUUGCAUUUUGUUGACAUAUCAUUGUUUUUCUUCUUCUUUUGAGAUGGAAAACUGACAGGCCUGUGCUGUGGUUCUGUGGAUGUUUUGCCCUCCAGGUCUCCUCGUCAGUCACAUGACUGAAAACUAUGAAUAGUGCACAGAGGUUACUUUGAAACCAAGCUGCUUUCUGUUGGUGAAGGUGGCGAAUUUGCACAGAUUGCUGUUGAAAUGACUGGAUUUUGCUGAGCAACAAUAAAUGCGUCUGAAACUUAACACCUGAAAAGAGCAUAAGUAAAUUGGGUCAGUUGAUUUCAUGUUGACAUCAAAAACAGAAAAUAUUCGUACAUCUUUUGGACAUCGUUCAGGGUGUAGAAUUGUAAAUAUGUUUUUAUACCAGUACUCUCUGUAACGGCUGAAUUAUCUGCUCAACAUGUGAUGUCUAUUUAAGGUGUAAUUAUCUAAUAAAUGGGAAAUACAACAAAACCCAGCCAUCAAGAAUGAA